AUGGCACCUUUUGUCUCGACUGAAAAGGCGACUCGUCUCUGCGUAACCGCAGACAGGGACAGCUUUGACAGCAGCUUUAUCCGCAGCUGGAGUCUUGAAGGGUUUGACGUUCGAUACCUCCCGCUCGUCAAGGACAAGAAAGCUUUUAUCCACGACCUCGAGGGCAUAAAGACGGGAUUAAGUGUUAGUGAAUCAUAUGCCAUCAUAGGUUUCGGUGAGGCCGCCGCGGUCUGCCUGGAGCAUUUUCUCCAUUCACCGAACACUAGUAAGCUCUGCGCACUGAUAGCUUACUAUCCAACGAGGAUCAUAGACCCGGAACUUGCCUACCCAUCAUCGGUUCGUGUCCUAGUUCACUUUGCCGCGCAGGAUGUCACUGUGGUAUAUCCAUCCACUGGGAGGGCGCAUAAGAGCCAAAGAGAAGUUAGACGUAUCACUUCGGCAAUGGGCACAGGAGAUCGUCUCAGCGUUGCGUACCAGGCGUAUGUGUACAGUGGCUAUUUACCAGGCUUCGCAGAGAAGGACUCCAAGCAAUAUAAUCACAUAUCAGCGCAGUUGGCGUGGAGUCGGUCACUGAAGGCCCUGCAGCUGGCAUUCCAUAGAGAGGUUGAUUUGGAGGCAGUAUGGGACGAGGCCCAGCAAGCGAGGUACUUUUCAUCCAAGCCCGGCAGUUCGGUAGGCUGCUAUACAGGCGACGAGACCCCCUAUGUUACCUGUCAACCAACGGCACAGGGCGCGUCUGGCGGAACGGACCUUCGUCGCUUCUACGAAAAUAACUUCGGUGGAAAUGCACCAACCUCGAUGCGUCUACGACUUCUUUCCCGUACAGCUGGUGCAGACAGAGUGGUUGAGGAGCUGUACAUGAGCUUCAAGCACUCCCAGGAGAUGCCAUGGAUCCUACCGGGCGUCGCACCAACAGACAAGCAAGUGGAGGUUAUUCUUAUCAGCAUUGUACGUUUCAUCGGUGGCAAGAUAUCGUCUGAGAAUGUUUACUGGGAUCAAGCGAGCGUGCUUUGCCAGGUUGGCCUUCUCGAUCCGGGACAUGUCCCACAGGGUGUACAAGGAGUCCAACGUAUCCCAGUUACUGGCAAAGAGGAGGCGAGAACGGUAUUAUCUAGCAGUACAUGA